AAUUAUCCAUGAAAACUCCAAACUAAAAAUCUUUGUCGUUGUGGUUUCUAUAACUGUCUUGUUAUUAUUCAUCUAGCUACGGGGACGGUUAACAGUCAUAAGCUCAAAUUAAGUAAGGCAGACCGGUAUAACGCUACAAUUCUGGAUCCUCUCUCGUCCUACGAAAUAUGUGGAUCGUCUGUGUGAGCGCGUAUGCAGGGUUACUGAGCCUGCAACCGUUGCUAUAGAAACGGGCUGUAAACGCUGGUGGUUGGCAUAGCGGUUUAACGUGAACAUAGAUUUGGUUAAGUAUGGAGGAAACAUUGAAUGGUAAAAUAUCUAAUGGAGCUGUUAACAUUACAGUUCUGCGAGGGAAUAACUUGCAGGGCAACAAACACGAGCCCUUACACCACUUAGUGCGUGUUGAAUUUAACGGUGCGUUGGUGGGAGAGUCAGACCGGAGGCAGGAGGUUGACGUGACUGAGGGAGUGGUGGACUAUGACUUCAGCUGCAGCUUCAGAUGUCCUGACGACAGACACAGCCUCGACGACAUGGCCCACAAACCUCUCAUAUUGACAGUGAUGGAGAUCCUGCCCAAGGAGAAGAAGCAGAAGGAGGAGAGGACUGCGGUACUGGGCCAAGCCGUGAUGGACCUGCUGCCACUUCUCCAUGGUCAGUGCAACAUCUCGUCACUUGUUCAACUGCAUUGCGCUGCUGGUUCCUCACUGGAGACGGUCUCAUUGGACAACCUCACUCUGCUGCCCUCGCUGGAGGUGGCUGUCAGCGUCGCCACGCCGCUGCUGUCUGAAGCCCAGCGGCUGUCCUCCAACCUGCUGAUGGUUACCAUGGAGACCGCCUUCAGCGUUCCGGAGGUGUGGAGCCUGACCAUCUCGCCAGGCCCUCCUGCCUGCUGCUACACGGCGGCUCUAAAACUUCCUGUCACAGCCGAGAAAGAGGAGAUUCUGAUGUUCUCUGAGGGCCAGCUCAGAGCAGGGGAUGAGAGGGAAGCCCCAGACAGACCCAGGAAGUGGCCCCAGGUGGGGUCUCUGGCCCCUGGAGCCCAGGUCUUCUCUAGGGCGGUGGCCACUCAGGAGGAGCUUGAUGAGGAGGAGUUCGGAGACCUCACUAGCUCGGAGGACAGGGAGUUCUGUCAUGUGGCGGAGACGACCAAGAAGAGAGUGUGCUGGGACACGGUGCGGCGCUGCUUCUUGGACACCGGGGGCUCCACCAGGUUGUCAGAGAGGAUCGAAAAGUGCCGACUGUGGCCGCUGGAGAUCAUGAAGGCCCCGCCUCCUGUAGUCCAGGGAGGAAAGGUGCCUGAAACUGAACCUGAGCAGCAGAUCUCCUUCCACGGCGUGGCCUAUGUGGACAUGGGGCCCCUGCUGUACCCGGGGGCCACCCGCGUCCGAGGGACCUACAGAGUCUACCCCUUCUCCGAGUCCGACCUGCUCGCCAAGACCAAGCGGACGGUGAGUGUGUUGAAGGAGCAGGCCAAGGCUGCAGCCUCUCAGGUUAAACUAAGCCUUAGCCCGCCAGCAGCCUCCCCCAAGGGGACUCCCAGCAAGGGGGUGAAUGGAGGACACAAGGCUGGGAAGGAGACAACCAAAAAACUCAGCGCGGUUGCUGAACAGACAGGCCAGAGCAAGCUUCCAGCUGGUGAAACCGUGACUGAGGUGGACCCACUUGUCCUCGCAGAGAGACAGAUGUAUGCGGAUGCCAGAACCUACAUCGUCGUUGAGAUCACCGUAGAGAAACCCCUGGUCCCCAAGAGACCGCCCGCUGAGCUGGCCAAAAAAGUGAUGGAGCUGAUUCCUCCCAGACUUCCGUUACCUCGUCACCCUGCCGGGGCUGGAAAAGCAGUGCAGGAGUUCCAUCAAGAGGUCACCAGUGUGGUGGGCCAGGUCUUGGAUCAGUACCAGCAGCUGUUUGGGGCUGCCUUCCAGCCCGGGGCCCAGCCCAUGGACCCCAGCACCCAGGAGCACCGCCGGAGACAGCUGCUAGGGGAACUCAACUACUCUGGGAAGUACUUCGCCUUAAAGGAACAGAUGAAGAGCUCCGUGGUGAAGAUAGUGCGUGAGAAGAUGCUGAGGACUGAGGCCUUCUCCCACCCAGAGCAGCUGCAGGCCUUCCUCAGCCAGCUCUACGUCUACCUGGUGGAUCAGAUGCACCUGGCUCUCAACAUGACGGAGGAGCCUCAGGAGGCAGCGGAGGUGGUGCGGCCCGUCCUGGACGUCUCUCAGCUCAGACGCUUUGCCAGGGAGGCGGAGCAUAACGGAGACUUCCAGCUGGCCACCCAGUACUACCAGGAGCGGUUGGUCAGGGGGCCGACGGAGCCCUCCCAUUGGUUGGACUACGGGACCUUCUACAUGCGUACCGGGGACCACGUCAAGGCCGAGGAGUGUUUCCACCACGCCGUCUCCCUCCAGCAGACCCACCUGCCCAGCCUGGUGAUGUGUGGGGUCCUGGCCGAGAUGGGGGAGCGCUACCACAAUGUGGAGACGUACCUGGAAGCAGCGACCGGCGCCCACCCAGCCAGCGUGGUGGCCUGGACCCUGUCUGGGAUGUUCCACCAGGGGCAGAACAACGACUUCAAGGCCGAGAGCUGCUUCCUGACGGCGGGCAGGCUGCUGAGGAUGGCCCAGAGAGCUCUGGCCCAGGAACUGCUGUCUUCCGACGGGGGUCUAACCCAUGGUCUGACCACCGCUUACUGCCUGGCCGCUGCCAAGCUGCAGAUGCUAAGCGCAGACUACUGUAGUGCUGCUGCCACCCUGAAGGGGGCGCUGGCUAACACUAGCAAGGAGCCCGAGGCGUGGGCCCUGCUGGGUCACUGCAGCUACCUGAGUGGGGACCGGGCCAAGGCCCGCCAGUGUUACCAGAGGUGCCUGGAGUAUCAGCGGCAGCCUGAGGACACACACCCCGUCUUCCUCCGCCUGGGCUCCGUCUACCUCCAGGAAGGAAAGUUCCAGAAUGCCAGAACCAUAUACCUGCAGGCCUGCAGCAGCUCCCCAUCCUGUCUCACUUGGCUGGGGCUGGGCAUUGCCUGUUAUCGGCUGGAGAUCCUGAGUGAGGCUGAGGAGGCACUGACGGAGGCAAACACCUUGAACAACAUGAACCCAGAUGUGUGGGGAUACCUGUCUCUGGUCUCCCUCAAGAUUGGCAGAAGAUUGGAAGCAGAGCAGUCAUACAAGUAUGCUGUGAAGCUGAACCUGCAGGACGAGCCGGUCCUCAGGGAGAUCAAGGAGCUACAGGACCAGUUAGGCUUUGGGGAUCCUUCAUUCUAACUUC